AUGUCGGGCAACAAGGGAAAGGGUGGCGAUGGCGCCGAUAACAACUUGGGCCAGUACAAAUAUGCGGCCAUGUCCAACUUGGUCCUGCAGGCCGAUCGAAGAUUCGUUUCGAGACGUGGCGAUGAGACGACAGGCGACCCGGAAUCGCUGGCUGGACGGAUCAAUCUGAACGAGAUGGGAUCGCGAACGGCACGAGAAAAGGCUCCAGUCUCGGCAGCGCCACCAGAGCAGGCGCGAAAGAGGAAACGCACAGAGCCCGUGCAGAGCUCCCGAGCUGCUGGUGUGUUGAGUGCGCAGGAUAUGAAUAUUGAGGGCCUGCGGUAUCGACCUCGAACAGCCGCGAACAAGGAUGUUUACGACUUGAUCUCCACGAAUGUCGCGCAGAAGAUGGGCGGUGACUAUGGUCUCGCCGUAACGGCUUCUGCGACAGACUCAGUCCUGGAAUACCUCAAGGACGACAACAUGAAGGACUUCGACAAGAAGAAAGAGAUUGACGACAUUCUUGGCAUCACAACUUCGAGCAAAGAGUUCAAUCAAUUGGUGAAUCUGGGCAAGAAAAUCACCGAUUACGAUCAGCAGGAUGACGACGAAGAAAUGGCCGAAGGCGGCGAGGACGCAGAUCUGGAUGAGAAUAACGGUGUUGCGGUCGACUUCGGGGACGAAUCUGAAGGCGAAGAUCAAAACCAAACAUUCGAGGUCCGUGAUGAGGACGAAGAGUCGGAAGAUGAUCUUGCCAUGGGUACAGAAGAAGUCGCAGAAGACGGUGCAGGCCCGCCACCUCAAGGCGAAGGAGACCAGGAAGAGGAAGACGAAGAUGGCAUGGUCAUUGAGAACAAGCCACGACGGGGCGCAAGAGAAGAUAAGGAUCCGACCUUUGUGCCUGCCCACGAGAUCGAUGCAUACUGGCUCCAACGGCAGAUUGGUCAAAUAUACGAGGAUGCGCAUACACAGACCGAGAAGACCAAGGAAGCAGAAUCGAUCAUGGCUGGACUGGACGACUCUGGCGAGGAGAAACCACUUCGAGACGUCGAGAACGACUUGAUGGAGCUGUUCGACUAUGAACAUCACGAAGUGGUUGGGAAGCUGGUGAAGAACAGAGACAAGGUCGUCUGGGUCACAAGAUGGCGGAGGGUCGCUGAAGACGAAGCGUCGCGCGUGGCAUUGGAGAAGGAAAUGGUCAACGCUGGUCACGCGAGCAUUCUCAAAGAGCUUCGCGGUCGAGAUGAAGCGCCAGGGAAAGCUGCGCCGAAGAUCAAAGUCAAUAUCGAUGCCAUGGACCUGGAUGCCAAAUUGCCGAUCAAGGACGAGGAAGAUGAGCCUAAGAAGGAUGGUCUUCAGGGCGGUUUGCAACCUAGGAAGACCCUGAACCUCGACGAUCUCAAAUUUGAUGCCGGCAAUCAUCUUAUGACCAACCAGAAUGUCAAGCUGCCAGCUGGCUCUGUCAAGCGGACGUUUAAGGGAUGGGAAGAGAUCCACGUUCCUGCACCGAAACGAAAGCCAAACGCGAACGAGAGGCCCUUGAUUCCCACAUCAGACCUCCCAGCCUGGGCGAGGACCGGCUUCGGUAGCUCCACUUCGCUCAAUCGAAUCCAGACCGAGUGUUAUCCUUCAGCGUUUGAAGGAGAUGGUAAUAUGUUGAUCUGUGCUCCUACUGGAUCUGGUAAAACGAACGUCGCUAUGCUCACAAUGCUGCGCGAGAUCGGCAAGCACCGCGACCCGAGGACCGGUGAGAUCAACUUGGACGAAUUCAAGAUUAUCUACAUUGCUCCUCUGAAGGCCUUGGUUCAAGAACAGGUCGGCAACUUUGGCGCUCGUCUGAAGCCAUAUGGCAUCACUGUCUCCGAGCUUACUGGUGACAGGCAGCUUACGAAACAGCAGAUUGCCGACACUCAGGUCAUCGUGACAACACCUGAGAAGUGGGAUGUCAUCACGAGAAAGGCGACGGACACCAGUUACACGAACCUGGUUCGCCUGAUAUGCAUUGACGAGAUUCAUCUUCUGCAUGAUGACAGAGGACCUGUGCUUGAGAGUAUUGUUUCCCGGACGAUCCGACGCACCGAACAGACUGGUGACCCUGUCCGAAUCGUCGGUCUUUCUGCGACGCUGCCCAACUACCGCGAUGUUGCAGCUUUCCUGCGUGUAGACACACAGAAGGACUUGUUCCACUUUGACGGCACAUUCCGACCUUGCCCGCUGAAGCAAGAGUUUAUUGGCGUCACCGACAAGAAGGCCAUCAAGCAGCUCAAGACCAUGAACGAUGUAUGUUACAACAAAACGCUUGAGCAAGUCGGCCAGAACAAGAACCAGAUGCUCAUUUUCGUCCACUCGCGAAAAGAGACUGCGAAGACUGCGAAGUAUAUUCGUGACAAGGCCCUCGAGGAGGACAAGAUCGGCCAAAUUCUGCGAACGGAUGCUGCUAGCCGCGAGAUCUUGCGCGAAGAAGCUGAAUCCGUCACGAAUACUGAUCUCAAGGACGUGCUGCCAUAUGGCUUCGGUAUUCACCACGCUGGUAUGAGCCGAGCCGACAGAACAGCUGUGGAAGAUCUCUUCGCAGAUGGCGCAAUCCAAGUUCUGGUGUGUACAGCCACACUCGCCUGGGGUGUCAACUUGCCCGCGCAUACUGUAAUAAUCAAAGGCACGCAGAUCUACUCGCCAGAGAAAGGUUCGUGGGUUGAGCUCAGUCCGCAAGAUGUGCUUCAGAUGCUGGGUCGUGCGGGUCGUCCACAGUACGACACCUACGGUGAAGGUAUCAUCAUCACGACUCAGACUGAGAUACAGUACUAUCUGUCGCUGAUGAAUCAGCAACUGCCGAUUGAGUCGCAGUUCGUGUCACGGCUGGCCGAUAACCUCAAUGCUGAGAUUGUCUUAGGCAACGUCAGGACUCGCGAUGAAGGCGUAGAAUGGCUCGGCUACACUUACCUCUUCGUCCGCAUGCUGCGCACACCUAACCUGUACCAGGUCGGACAGGAUAUCGAGGAAGAUGCGACACUGGAGCAAAAGAGAGUAGAUCUGAUUCACUCUGCCGCUGCCGUGCUGGAGAAAGCAAGCUUGAUCAAGUACGAGAAGAAGACUGGGCGCCUUCAGUCGACAGAUCUUGGCCGUGUCGCAAGUCACUACUACAUCACCCACAACAGCAUGCUGACAUACAACAUGCACAUUCAGCCAGCUACCAGCCCGAUUGAGCUGUUCAGAGUCUUCGCGCUCAGCGACGAGUUCAAGUACAUUCCAGUCCGACAAGAUGAGAAGCUUGAACUCGCGAAGUUGCUAGGUCGUGUGCCUAUUCCUGUCAAGGAGACCAUCGACGAACCUCAGUGCAAGAUCAACGUGCUGCUCCAAGCAUAUGUUAGCCGGCUGAAGCUAGAAGGUCUGGCUCUAAUGGCAGACCUUGUGUACGUGACACAAUCGGCUGGUCGUAUUCUGCGCGCAAUGUUUGAGAUCGCGCUGAAGAAGGGCUGGUCGUCAGUUGCCAAGGAUGCACUUGACCUGUGUAAGAUGGCAGAGAAGCGCAUGUGGCCGACGAUGACACCGCUGCGACAGUUCCCAGACUGUCCACCAGAGAUCACCAAGAAGGCUGAGCGUAUCGACGUGCCAUGGUCAAGCUACUUCGAUCUGGAUCCACCUCGCAUGGGUGAGUUGCUUGGUAUGCAGAAGCAAGGCCGACAGGUUUGCAAUAUGAUUGCGAAGUUUCCACGGCUGGACAUCCAAGCACAGUGCCAGCCCAUCACAAGGAGCAUGCUCAAGGUGGAGUUGACUCUGACGCCUCGUUUCGAGUGGGACGACAACGUUCACCAUGGCAGCGAGCUCUUCUGGAUUAUGGUCGAAGACUGCGACGGCGAGGACAUCCUCUUCCACGACCAGUUUGUGCUUCGCAAGGACUACGCCAUGGCCGAAAUGAACGAGCAUAUCGUGGAGUUUACUGUUCCGAUCACAGAGCCGAUGCCACCUAACUACUUCAUCUCGGUCUUCAGUGACAGAUGGAUGCAUGCCGAGAGCAAGCUUACACUGUCCUUCCAGAAGCUGUCCUUGCCUGAGAAGUUCCCACCACACACGCCACUUCUUGACAUGCAGCCACUGCCAGUCGCCGCCCUGAAGCAAGAGGAGUACGUGGAUCUGUUCCAGGACUGGUCACAGUUCAACAAGAUCCAGACACAAGUCUUCAAUGCGUCGUAUCAGACUGAUGACAACGUGUUCGUGGGUGCACCAACAGGAAGUGGCAAAACUGUCUGUGCCGAAUUCGCAUUGCUGAGACACUUCACGAAGGCCAACGGGACAAAGGCUGUAUACAUUGCACCUUUCCAGACACAGGUCGAUGCACGACACAAAGCCUGGAAACCAAGACUCGGCUCUUUGGCUGGUGGCAAGCAGAUCGUAAAGCUCACUGGCGAGACCACAGCUGACCUCAAGCUGCUCGCCGAGGGUGAUCUGAUCCUUGCAACGCCAGUGCAGUGGGACAUGAUGUCUCGCCAGUGGCAGCGACGAAAGAAUGUUCAGAACGUCGGUCUCAUCAUCGCUGAUGACCUGCACAUGCUUGGCGGGCAAGGCGGGUACACCUACGAAGCUGUCAUGUCGCGCUCUCAGGCCAUCAAGGUUCAGCUGGAGAACGACUUGCGCACCAUUGGUCUCAGUGUGUCGCUCUCCAAUGCCAGAGAUAUUGGAGAGUGGAUCGGCUGCAGCAAGCACACAAUUUUCAACUUCAGCCCAAACAACCGACCUCUGCCGCUGAACCUGCACCUACAGACUUUCAACAUCCCCCACUUUCCUUCGCUGAUGUUGGCUAUGACGAAGCCGACCUACCAGGCUAUACUGCAGUACGCGCCUGAAAAGCCUGCCAUGGUCUUUGUACCAAGCCGAAAACAAGUUCGCGCGACAGCUCAGGAUCUGCUGGUGGCAUGCAUAGCAGACGAUGACGAGGACCGUUUUCUUCAUACGGAUGCCGAACAGCUUGCGCCCAUUCUUGGCAGGGUCAAGGAGCGCUCGCUCGCAGAAUCUCUGGCACAUGGCAUUGCGUACUACCACGAAGCACUUAGUGAGUCGGACAAGCAUAUCGUGGAGUCACUGUUUAGCCAGGGAGCCGCACAAGUGUUGUUUGUAUCUCGUGACUGCUGCUGGGAGAUACAAAGCACCGCACACCUCGUUGUGGUCAUGGGUACUCAAUUCUUCGAAGGCCGUGAGCAUCGCUACAUCGACUACCCAAUCAGCGAAGUUCUGCAGAUGUUUGGCAAAGCCGGACGACCCAUGGAGGACAAAGACUCUCGUGGUGUACUGAUGUGCCCAGAUGUCAAGCGCACUUACUACAAGAAGUUCUUGGCCGAAGCACUGCCCAUUGAAAGCCAGCUGCAGUCGUACCUUCACGAUGCCUUCGUCACUGAGAUCAGCACCAAGACUGUGGAGUCGACACAAGACGCCGUGGACUGGACGACAUACACCUACUUUUACCGGAGACUGCUCGCCAACCCCAGCUUUUACGGGCUGACAGACACUUCUCACGAAGGUCUGAGCGCGUACUUGUCCGAGCAAGUCGAAAGCACUCUGAAGGACUUGAACGACGCCAAGAUCAUUGAGCUGGACGAGGAAGAAGACACGAUCACACCCCUGAACGCAGCAAUGAUUGCGGCCUACUACAACAUCUCGUUCAUCACGAUGCAGACCCUGCUGCUGUCUCUGAAGCGCGGCACGAAGCUCAAGGGUAUUCUUGAGGUCGUGACUGCCGCGACCGAAUUUGAAGACAUCCAGAUUCGCCGACACGAAGAGCACACCCUCCAGCGCAUUUACGAUCGUUGCCCUGUCAAGUUGUCCGAGGUCAACUUCGAAUCGCCUCACUUCAAAGCAUUCGUCCUCCUGCAGGCGCACUUCGCGCGCAUGCAGCUGCCGACUGACUUGGCGAAGGACCAAGAAGUCAUCUUGCGCAAGGUCCUCAAUCUGCUCAGUGCCUGUGUUGAUGUCUUGUCAUCGGAAGGUCAUCUCAAUGCCAUGAGUGCGAUGGAGAUCAGCCAGAUGGUCGUCCAAGCCAUGUGGGAUCGUGACUCGCCACUGAAGCAGAUACCUCACUUCGACGACGACAAGAUCGAUGUCUGCAGCAAGUUCUCGAUCAAGGAUGUCUUCGAAUUCCAAGAUGCCAUGGAUCCUGAUGAGAACCCGAACUACAAGAAGUUCAUGGACGGCUUACAGUUCGGCAACAAGCAGCUCGCAGACGCUGCUGGAUUCAUCAACGAGCGAUAUCCUAAUGUUGAGAUGGACUUCAAGCUCGACGAUGCGGAGAACGUUGCGUCAGGCCAGCCAAGCUACGUCAAUGUAUCGAUACAGCGCCAGCUCGAGGAGAAUGAGGAGCCCAAUCUGCAAGUACACGCUCCAUUCUACCCGGCUGAGAAGACUGAGAACUGGUGGCUUGUGGUCGGAGAAGAAAGUACACGGACAUUGCUGGCUAUCAAGAGAGUCACAAUCGUCAAGCAGCUCAACGCGAAACUGGAGAUUGUGCUUCCUACUCCGGGCAAGCACAAUUUGACGUUGUUCCUGAUGAGUGACAGCUACGUGGGUGUAGAUCAAGCUCCAACAUUUGAGGUCGAUGCGGCCGAGGGCAUGGAGGAAGACGAUGAGGAGGACGAUGAGGAGUAG